GGACGGGGAGGGGAGCUUUCAGAAGGACCGAGGAACAUGAACACUCUGGAGCGUGCUCUCUCUGCAGUUGGCUUGACGGUCUCAACAAUCCCCGGCAAAGGCCGUGGUCUUGUCGCUGCCAAAGAUUUUCACCCAGGAGAUGUGAUUAUUCAGCAAGAACCAUAUGCGAGCUCGCCGAGUAAAUCUUCCACCGGCUCUUUUUGUGAUGGUUGCUUUGCAUCUGCUAACUUGAGGAAAUGUUCGGGAUGCCGGAUUGCAUGGUAUUGUGGUAGUGCUUGCCAGGAAGGAGUCUAGUGAAGGACAUUCUGAUUUGCACCGGGAAGUGUGUGAUGAUUGUGGCAGGAAGGCAGAUCGCAGUGAUUUGAUCGAACAAACUGAAGUUCCAUUGGUUUGCUCCUUUCAACAUUGAUUUAGGUUCAUAAGAGACUCGCUGAAUACCUUCAUCAGAAUUG